UGAAAAAUACAGCCCAUUUUAAAAUAAAGAUGGCAGCUGUUUUUCAGAUGAUGUUGAGAUUGCGUAAUUCAGAAAAACUUAUCCAUUAAGCUGUUAUUUUAUUAUCUGGCGCUUGCACGGUAAUAUUCAUUCAGGAUGAUUUUAGAUACUGAUGUCCGAUAAUAGACUCAUCCAUAAAAUAGUUGAUUUAUAAAAAAGCAGUCAAGAAUGGAAGAGGAGACAGAGCAUUUAGCUGCAAUGUUGUCUAUUGUAGAUGAACAGUCACACAAAUUAACAGAAGAUUUUAAACCAGAUCUAUCAACAAUAUUUUCAUCUUCUCAAGAUAUAAAAACAGAAUUUUCAACAUUUUCAUCUAUGGUUGAUGCAAAACCCAACUUGGCAUUCACAGCUUCUCAAGAUGUUAAACCAUAUACUACAACAGAAUUUUCAUCUUCUAAAGACACAGAAACAGAGUUUUCAAGUUUUUCAUCUUUUGAUAAAUUUACACCCUACAAAACAUUUAUAGGCUUGCAAGAUGUUAAACCUGAUGUUACAACUGAGUUUUUAAUUUGUAAAGAUAAAAAGCCUGCUGUAUCAACAUUAUCAACAUCUGAAGAUAAUAAAUCAGAAGUCACAACUUUAUCAGAAAGUAAUGAUUCAAAACCAGAAUUAUUGACAGGAUUUAUUUUUUUUGAGGAUAAAACACAAAAAAGGCUUGAACUUCAAGUUGAAGAAAAUCUCCAGUUUUCUAGAGACAAAAGAUAUCAAAUUGUUUCUAGUCACAAACAGAAAUGGUUUUAUCAAAGUUCUAACUUUAAAAAACAUAAAACAGCUCAAGGCGGUGAGAAGAUAAAUUUAUCAACUCACAAAAAUGUUCAUUCUGGAGAAAGGCCACAUGAAUGCGAUGUUUGUCAUAAAAGGUUUUCUCAAAGUACUAAUUUAAGAAAACAUAAAAAGGUUCAUUCAGGAGGUAAGUCACAUGAAUGUGAUGUUUGUCAUAAAAGGUUUACUCGAAGUUCUGGCUUAAGUGAUCACAAAAAAAUACAUGCAGGAGUAAAGCCAUAUGAAUGUGAUGUUUGUCAUAAAAGGUUUUCUCUAAAAUCUAAUUUAAGAGCACAUGAAAAAAUUCAUUCAGGAGAAAGGCCACAUGAAUGUGAUGUUUGUCAUAAAAGGUUUUCUCAAAGUACUAAUUUAAAAUCACAUAAAAAGGUUCAUUCAGGAGAAAGGCCACAUGAAUGUGAUGUUUGUCAUAAAAGGUUUUCUCGCAGUUCUAGUUUAUUAAGACAUAAAAAGGUUCAUUCAGGAGAAAGACCACAAGAAUGCGAUGUUUGUCAUAAAAGGUUUUCUCAAAGUACUAAUUUAAGAAAACAUAAAAAAAUUCAUUCAGGAGAAAGGCCACAUGAAUGUGAUGUUUGUCAUGAAAGGUUUUCUCAAAGUUCUACUUUGAAAACCCAUAAAAAGGUUCAUUCAGGAGAAAGGCCACAUGAAUGUGAUGUUUGUCAUAAAAGGUUUUCUACAAAUUCUAAUUUAAAAUCACAUAAAAAGGUUCAUUCAGGAGAAAGGCUACAUGAAUGUGAUGUUUGUCAUAAAAGGUUUUCUCAAAGUUUUAAUUUAAGAGCACAUAAAAAGAUUCAUUCAAGAGAAAGGCCACAUGAAUGUGAUGUUUGUCAUAAAAGGUUUUCUCAAAGUACUAAUUUAAGAAAACAUAAAAAGGUUCAUUCAGAAGAAAGGCCAUAUGAAUGUGAUGUUUGUAAUAAAAAGUUUCUCAAAGUACUUAUUUAAGAAUACAUAAAAAGGUUCAUUCAGAAGAAAGGCCACAUGAAUGUGAUGUAUGUCAUAAAAGGUUUUCUCGAAGUACUUAUUUAAGAAUACAUAAAAAGGUUCAUUCAGAAGAAAGGCCACAUGAAUGUGAUGUAUGUCAUAAAAGGUUUUCUCGAAGUACUUAUUUAAGAAUACAUAAAAAGGUUCAUUCAGAAGAAAGGCCACAUGAAUGUGAUGUAUGUCAUAAAAGGUUUUCUUGCAGUUCUAGUUUAUUAAGACAUAAAAAGGUUCAUUCAGGAGAAAGACCACGUGAAUGUGACGUUUGACAUCCAAGGUUUUCUCAAAUUUCUUGUUUAUCUUCACACAAAAAAAAUUCAUUAAAGAGAGAGACCACAUGAUAGUGAUAUUUAUCACAAAAAGUUGACUCGGAAGUAUAAUGUGUUAUGAUUUUUGUGUUUUUACAGGUUAUAAGCCAUAUGUCUGUAUGAAAGAUUUUCUUAAAGCUCUUAUUUAAGCGCUCUUGAAAAAGUCAUUCAAGAGACAAGCCACAUUAAUCUGGUAUUUGUCAUAAAAGAUUUUUAAAAGUUCAUUCAGGAGAUAAGCCACAUGAAUGUUGAUGUUUGUCACAAAAGAUUUUGUCAAUUAUCUAAUUUAAAUACUCAUAAAAAUGCAUUCUAAAGGUAAUCCAGGAAAUUCAUCAUGACUAAAAACCAAUUUAAUAUCAUUUUUAACAUCAAUAAUUAAUUCUAGAGCAAAUUAUUAUUGAAUAUCUUGUUAUAAUUUUUUCUUCACAUAACUUUAACUAGUGGUGAUCCAAUAGUGGUCCAUAUAGUUUAUUAAUUUUUAUAUUUGUAUUAUAAAAAGGUUCUUUUGUCAAAGAGUAUACCAUGUCAAUUAUUAUACAUACUCUAAAAUUAAAUUGUAUUCUGACUGUAAAUGGAAAUUGUAUUCUAUAAUGUCAGCUGCAUGUGUACAAUUUUUUUUCUUUAUGUAGCCUACUUUUUAUGGGUGUUAUCUGUAAAUGUGUAUGAUAGGAGAAGUAAGCUAUAACCCAGGGU